CUGGCUGCUGCAGCUGCGUGGGCUCCAAACGCAGCACAUGGUCCCGUCUGCGAGCUCCUUCGGGCGACGGAAACCUAUAGGCACUUAAAUCUGAACUUGUUUCAUCGUUUGCUUUACGACUUUUAAAUUAAGUUCGGCCACAGCAAGCUGCAGUAUUGACGCUGUUCUUUUGUUGUUGUUGUUUUUUGUUUUUUACCGUGCGGAAAGCUGAGAGGAGGUAAAGCUGCGACUCAAACUUAGCUGCUACGUUUAAACCGAACAUGUCGACUGGUACGAAACAAGUGAAGAGCUGCCCCAUCCCGACCAGGGUCCUCACCCUGAAGGACUGGUCCCAGCUGCCCGACUGUUACAGCCAGACACCCGGGGGGACCCUCUUCUCUACCACGCCCGGAGGCACCCGCAUCAUCUACGACAGGAAGUUCCUCCUGGACUGUCGGAACUCCCCCCUCGCCAGGACGCCGCCGUGCUGCCUGCCGCAGAUCCCGGGAGUGACCGUACCGGCCACACACGCGCACCACACGGGGAAACUGCAGGACCUCAAAGAGGAGGCCGAGGAGGAAGAGAAAGAUAUCGGAGAUGACAGCCAGUUUGAGAUGGACAUCUGAGUCAGCAGUACUACCUCCUGUGGAGCGUUGAGUUAAAACGCCUUAUAAGUUGUAAAGGACUGUAAAGCAUUACAUACAAAGCUUUUUUUUUUUUUCACUUUUUUUUUAUUUUUAUUAAAAACCGAGGAACCUACAAUGGAAAAAGUAACCAAACGUAAGGCGUUUUUCACCUUAUAAAAUUGGGUGUAAAUUGUCUAACCUCGGAUGGAUUGGUUGGUCGCUUGUUUCAAAGAAACUAUGGAAUCAAGUAUGAAAUCUGUUUUGAUUGAAACUUUUUUUUAUCUUUUGUAAAUAAGAAACUUGUACUACGUUUUAAGUUCAAGGAUUAUGGUUAUUUGAUCAAAGCAUGUAUAAAAGAGGUGUUUGAUACAUGGAUCAGUUUGCUUUUGUUGAAUUCCCUCCAAAAAAAAAAAGAAGGGUGGGCUAUCAGUACAUGCCAUGCAUCUCCCUUACAAUUGGGAGGGGGGUUGGGUUUCUACUGAAAAAAAAUCAGCUCUUACUUUGUUUUGUAUGGACACGAUGUGUGAAAAAUAAAUGAGUAAGCUGUCA